UCAGUUGCUAAAUUAGAACUUACAAACCCUAACCUUAAUUUCAAAAUCACCCACAUACCUCCCACCUGAUUGUUCCUCCAUGAGCCACGCUCACUUUCUCUUCACUCCCCCACCGCCAACCCCUCUCCCUCAUAUACACACAACACACAGUUCAACAAACCAAAAAGGAAAUAAACGAAAAGAAAAUGGGGAAAAAGGGAGAAAGAGAGAUCUGUGAGAGAGUAGAGGAGAUCGGAGAACAAGGAAGGGAAGGGGGCUUUGCCGCCACCGUCGCGCACCACCAUUGACGUCAUAACGCCGAGCCACCACGCAAGGAGAGAAGGAGACGUCGCCGCUGCUGCCGCCGUCGAGCAGAACCGUUUCCAGCUAGGGAGAGCGCGCGUUGCGAGCCAGAAACGCCGCGAGGAGGAAGAGGAGCCGUCGGCUCCGCCGCUGUCCAGUCACCGUCGAGCUGGGUUCACCGUCGCGCCUCACUACGCGUCACCAUUGAGUUUCGAAGAGAGAGGGAAGAGAAACGCGACAGUGGGAGCUCCGUUGAAUCUGGUCACCGUCACUGCUGCCGUCCCAGUCGCUGCCAGGGGAAGCCCCUGCAGCCGUUGCCACGGGUGGAGUCUUCCAUCGAGCUGUAAGCCGUUGGUAGAGCUAUACCUUGCCGGAGUUGCUUUUCACCACUGUCAGUUCAGUUUCACCGCAAUCCUGCUCCACUUUCUUACAUGCCAUUCCUCCAAAUGAAGCAAUUGAUACUGUGGAGGCUUAAGUUUGAAAUGACAGCUCCAACAAUUAAGUGUUUCUUAAGACGGUUCGUUCGUGCAGCUCAAGGAGUCAGUGAGACCCCUUCGUUGCAACUAGAGUGCUUGACAAACUACAUUGCCGAAUUGUCUUUGUUGGAGUACAAUAUGCUUUGUUAUGCUCCGUCACUAAUAGCUGCUUCUGCAAUUUUUCUAGCCAAGUUUAUACUCUCCCCCUCAACCAAACCAUGGAAUGCUACAUUGAAGCACUAUACACAAUACCAGCCUUCUGAUUUGUGUAGUUGUGUAAGGGAUCUCCAUCGACUUUGUUGCAACCAUCCUAAUUCCAAUUUGCCUGCAAUUAGGGAAAAGUAUAGUCAGCACAAGAUAUGUUGAAUUUGUGUUUUCAAUACAAAAAUGUGGCCAAGAAGUAUUGCCCUCCCUCAAUACCUUCAGAAUAUUUUCAGAAUUGAGGAAAGAUACUAUUGAAUUGCCGGUUCUCAAGAGAGAAGGCCACUCUUCUCUUAUCGUUGUAUAUGUAGUUACCAUUUUUCCCACCUUGAUUAGAAGAGUUCUUGUUGUAUCUGCUUUUCAUUUGACGUGGCAUGUUGUUUCUGCCUUUAUUUUUUUUUAAUAUUUUUUUUAAUACAUAUAUGUAGUAUACAUAAAUAUAAAU